ACGAAAUCUCGCGCGAUUAGAGCGUAGCACAGACAGCCCCGUGAGCUAACUGUGUCUCUCGGUCGUCGUAGCUCGAUGCCGUCAAAUACGUACAUUUAGCACAGUUGUAAAACACACAGAGGCAUCCACGGGUUUACGUAAUGGCGCCCGUCCCGGCGGUCUGAGCGCCCGUCCUCCUCUAAGGGCGCAGUGCGUCUGUUUUAGUGGCCUGCUCGGUAACGGCCCCGCUGCUAACGCGCUAGGCGGCUAACAUCCGCUCCCCCCCCCGUAACGUUUCAGUCGAGCCGAGGAGCGAAACCAGGAAGCACCAGACGAGCUACGGGGAGCGACUCCAACGUUACUUCUGCACACAUUUAUUCACUCAAAAAGAGCCCGGUCCGGCCUCGUGGGAACUGGAGAGAAGCAGGAAAAUAAUUAUUUGACUGGUCUAAGUGCAAAGAUGUCAAAGGCUCCGGAUUCCCCAGCACGGUCCCGCUCCAGAUCGAGGUCCAAAUCCAGAUCUUACUCCAGGUCUCACUCUAGGAGCCGCUCCCGAUCAAGAUCCAGAAAACGUCGCUAUAGCUCCAGGUCUCGGUCCCGCUCUCGCUCUCACUCUCCAUCUUACAGAAACUAUCCUUCCAGGGACUAUCAGAACAACAGAGGAGGGUUCCGAGGCUACAAUCGAGGCUACCGGAGGCCCUACCACUACCGUGCCAGAAACCGAGGCUAUUACCCACGCAGCCAUUACCAGAACAGGGGAGGAGGCGGCGGCUACGGCUAUAAGUCCAACUGGCAGGGCGGCGACCGUGGCGGCGACCGUGGCGGUGACCGUGGCGGCGACCGUGGCGGUGACCGUGGUGGCGACCGUGGCGGAGACCGUGGUGGCGACCGUGGCGGAGACCGUGGUGGUGGCGGUGGCGGCGGCUGGCACGAUCGCCACCAGGACCACCACGCACACAGCCCCAGGAGGGGCCGCUCCCGCUCCCGCACACCCAAGAAGCGCUCGGGCAGCCGGAGCCGCUCCCACUACUCGGAUCGCUCGUCCUCGCGGGGUUCUCGGCACUCCAAGCGCUCCAGCUACUCCUCCAGGUCCUCUUCGCCGCAUCAUCGCAGCAGCAAGGGCAAGCGUGGCUCCAAGGACGCUAAGGACAAGCCAGAAAGUCAGGGAGAGAAAUCCGGUCUGGCAGCAGACGGCAGCGCCAUCGAGAAGGCAUCUGGAGGUAAAUGGAUUGACUAUGACGCCAGUCCUAAACGAAUCAGCCCAGACACUAAGAAAGAGGAUGACCCCACGGAUUCAGAUGGCAAAGGGCCCGGGAGUGUCACUCCUAUGUGGAAAACCAUCGGCACCGUGACCCCUCCAGCAAAGAGCCCCACGAAGUCCGGACAAACUGCCUCGUUCAGCGGCUUUGGAUUCUUCUCAAAGGAAGAAGCCAAAUGUGAAGAUAAGACUGUGAUCUCCGCUGCCUUCAAAAAGUUCUUGGCUGAGAACAAAAACAAAAAGCAGGCUGCUGAAAAGGAGAACGGCCGCGAUAAGGAGCAGAGCACCUCGGACAGGGAGCUAGAGAAAGGAAGCAAGUCCGGGGACCUUUUCAACAUCUCGUCCGCUUCUUUAAGCGACACCAAGGAAGACAAGACCCUGCCUUUCUUUGACGCUGGAGAAGAGGAGUUCCUCAAGUCCCACGGGCUGAAAGAGAGGGACAUUGAUGAAGACGGGGAGGUCAAACCCACGCUCACCGCUCGGGACAUUUUCGGGAAAUGGGGGGACGAGCCGAGCUACUCGACGUCCUACCCGUCGAUUAAAGCGAAAAGCCGCCGAGAUGCCGAAGAGGCAGAGCCCCUCGAUCACAUGGAGGAGGAGUUCUACCGAGGCCGCAAGCACAAGAAAGAGGAGAAGUCCAAGAAGAAGGAGAAGAAGGAUAAGGAGAAGUCCCGAAGGAGUCCGUCCCCUGCUGCGACUUCCAGAGAGAAGGAACGGCCGCUGUUUCCUGGAGCUUUCCCUCGCCGCGAGGAUUCACCUGUACGACACCUGUCCGCGUCACGGGACGACUUUGAACACAUCGGUUCUGUAGAUGAAAUGCCCAGCUCCUCCCUGUCUAAAGAGCGGCUCAUACCCCGGGAGCCACCGAAUCCCACUAAGAAAGACCCCGAGUUUCGUUCCAUUUUCCAGCACGUUCAGUCGUCACAGCUCCGCCGCAGCCCCUCUGAGCUUUUCGCUCAGCACAUAGUCUCAAUCGUGCACUACAUCAAAGCGCAACACUUCCAAUCCUCAGACAUGACUCUAAGUGAGCGGUUUGCCAUGUACCAAAGAAAAGCUGCAGAGGUAGAAAUGAUGAAGCCACGGAAGAGCCCAGAAAUCCACAGGAGAAUCGAUGUUUCCCCCAGUGCUUUUAAGAGGCACUCUCACCUGUUUGAGGAUAUGGAGGAGACCAGCUACAAGGAUCCAAGUAAAAAGUUCAAAGGCGACGUGAUGGACCUUCGCCUGGAUAUUGAAAGGCGUAAGAAGUUUGCCGGGAAGGAGUCCAAGCGCGAGGGAGGCAGGAGCCCCGGAGGCUCCCGGGGAGCGAGCAGAGAGAAGUCCUCUGAGAAAUCUGGGAAACACCACAAGAAAUCCAAGAAGGGUAAGAAGAAGCGGGACCGCUCUCCAUCCUCCUCUUCCUCCUCUUCCUCCCCGUCCCCCUAUCCUCCGCCAUACAGAGGGAAAGAGUUCAUGGGAGGAGAGGGGAUGGAGCACUCGGAGGAGGGCUAUGGCCACAUGCGCUAUCCCCCGCGCGACUACAGCGGGUCCGGGGACAGGGGCCACUACGAGGGCCACGGCGCGGAGCGUGGCCGAGGCCGUGGAUUUUUCCCCAGAGUCAGAGGGAGAGGGUGGAGCAGGGGAAAUUAUCCAGGCAACAACAACAACAACAACAACAGCAGCAGCAGCAAUGGAAACCCUGCUAAUGUAAAUCCUGCAGUGCGCCCUCCAGAGGAGGAGUGGGACCCUGAAUACACUCCCAAGAGCAGGAAGUAUUACCUGCACGAUGACCGCGACGGCGAGAAAACAUGGGUGGACAGCCGCGGAAGAGGCCGGGGUUCCUUUCCGCCCCGCCGGGGGCGCUUCGUCUACCGCAAGGGGGGCAGCAGCCCGAAGUGGACCCACGACAUGUUCCAGGGAGGACAGGAGGCGGAGCUGGGAGAUGACGGCGGCGAAGUAGAGCGCAAAGACGCCAAGAGCCCCGGAGACGGCACCGCCCAGAAGCACUAGAGCAGCUACAACGUAUUCGGCGUCGAAGCGGUUACGGCGGCGGUGGUGAUGGUGAUGAUGAUGAUGAUGAUGAUGAAGGGGUCGUUCUUCUAUAUUUUCCCCUCCAGGUCAUGCCGUCAUUUAUAGUUAAAAAACAAAACAAAUGUGUUCAGUGAGUUUGAGCCUCCUCACGGUUUAAGUGAAGAAAGAACGGACUUGGAUGAGGAGGAGCACUCUGUUACGUUUUGGAUGUGAGGUUGGCUUCAUUUCAUUUUAUGUAAACGGUGAAAUUCUUUUUAUGUUUCUUUGUUCGCAGUCGGUUGACUCAAUUGUAUCGUUUUAAGGGAGAAAACACUGAGGCAACAAAGAUGAAUACUCUUUGAAAAUAUGACAAAAAAAUAAAUGCAUUUGUGCCUUAGAAAUGACAUAUAUGAUAAUAAUAAUAAUCCAUGUGUAAUCUGUUAGAGGGUACAGCCCCGGCUACGAGAGGCAGCUGUACCCGUCUCGGUGUCGGGAGGCAGGAGACGGUUUCCACCUUCUUGUUCUUUCGUUCUUUGUUUUUCGGGGCUGUGAUCAAUCUUUGAUGUAACUGCAUGAAGCGUUCGAUUCAUACCUCGCUCCUCUGGGACCAAUCGGUAAUGAGCUCAGGGCUCACGAUCGUCAAAUUAUCAGACAGGAAAACUAAUCUUUUGAUGACCCCCCCCAAAACGAUCGAUAUUCGUCACUUAUAUUAGCCAAGCUUUUUCAUGUAGUGCCACUUCACCUGUAAUUCUCAUUAGGAAGUGAUGACAUUUUUUACGUGUGUGUGUGUUCCAGUAUAUUCUCAUUGAUUGUGGGUGUUUUCAGUUUAAAAGAAGUGUAAAUUGUAAAGAAUUUGGCACCAAAAUCCCCCAGAUUCCUGCUUCAGAUGAACGUGUAGGGUUUCUGCCUGUGCCAUAUCAACUUCGGUAAGGGGCAACCUUUUUGUUUUGAUUUUUAUAGAAUGGAGAAAAAAAGAAUAGUUAUUACAAUAUGUGUAUAGAAUUAUAAGGCCUAAAUUAUUGUAAUCAACAUCUGUGGGGAGGGAAAACAUACAAACUGAAUAUGAUUCAUUUUUUAAAAAGACAACCGUUGCAGUAAAUCCUCUCGCAGAAAACCACCAACAGUUUAAACUCCCGUCAGAAAGAGUGAAGAGAGACAACACGCUUCGUCGACGGCAUCGACGGAAGUGUGUUUUUAAGAGGAAUUGACGCGGCCUAGUUUUGUGAACCUCGCUGCUGCUUCGUCCCACUCUUGACUGCAUGUACUAAACCGAACUGUAGGACCUUUUUGUUUUUGUUCAAUCUAAAGCUGAAUACUUUUGUACUGUUCUCAAGAGCUUUGGAGUUCUUUGUCUUUUUAAUUUUCAAUAAAUGUUUCUUUGAUUCGGGGCAACUCUGCGAGUGAUUGUUGAGGUCUCCAACAGAACCCUGUGAGACGGCUCACUGUGUUCAGAGGGUUGUGAUUGACCUCCUUGUUGGUCGGGCUCUCACGCUGCAGACUGUGGAAGAAAAAUCAUCCAAUAUUAUUCUUUACAUUCUUAAACUUAUCAACCAGUAUGUAUAAAAGUAGUGGAGCGGUAACUGUUGGCCACAAACUGGGGUUGUACGUUUUAAUGAAAGUGGCAAAAUACCCAUAAAGCAUUUUAAAGAUGACUGUCAUCUUUAAAUCUGUCAAUUGUAUUUUAUUCUUUGUCUCUAAAAUACCAGCAAGUAGUGAAAAAGAAGCCCACGACAAUUUCCCAGGAUAACAUACACUGUAUAUUUCUUUGUGAAUACUGUUGGGAUGUGUGGAAAUUGUGCUAUUUCUACUUUAAACUUAGGUGGUAAAACCAUUUUUAAAUGUGUUUUAUUUUGUAUUUUUUAGCUGUUCUAGAAUAGAGGUCCCAGGACCACAAACAAGUGUGAAUAAACAAUUUGUCCCAGAAUGAGCACAAACCA